CAACACCACAAUUCACCUCACCACCUACCUACCUUGACUGUACAGCUACAUAACAACACUACACUUCUACAGCGCUUGAGAUUACACGCUACUCGACCUCUCUCCUCUCUCGCCAACAUUUUUGUAUUCUUCCACAUUGUAUAGUCCAACCUCAACCGGCUUCGCAAACUUCAAAUCCGACCGUCAAACGUCGACGUCGACGCCUUCGACCUUUGCGCCAACCAUGAGCUCCUCUCGGAAAUCCAAUCCGAACAACGCCCUCAAGCGGCUCACGCACGAGCUCUCCUCUCUGCAGACCGAGCCCUGCGACGCCGUCCUGCACUUGGGCCCCUCGACCGACUCCGACCUCUUCCAGUGGGAAGCCGUGCUCAAGGGUCCCAAGGACCACGCCUCGCCCUACGCCAACGGUCUGUGGCUCCUGACCAUCUCGAUCCCGCCAAAUUACCCUCUCGCCCCGCCGAAGGUCCACUUCGUCACCCCGAUAUGCCACCCGAACGUGCACUUCCAGACCGGCGAGAUCUGUCUGACCCUGCUGUCCGGCGAGCACUGGUCGCCGACGUACACCCUCGCGACGACCAUGGGUGCCAUCCAGCAACUCCUCACCUCCCCCGGACUGGACAGUCCGCUGAACGUGGACAUUGCGAACCUGUACCGUGAAAACGACGCCGUCGGUGCCGAGAGCCUUGUGCGGUUCUGGACCGGCGAGAAGAGGUGGGCAGGCGAAGGAAAGGCCGGGUGGAUCACGGAGAGGAAACCUGGAUCAGGAGGGUAUUUGGGUGAAGAAAACAACACUCCCUCCUGAACGUGUUCGCGCUUGUGAUUGCAACUGUCAUUUGUGAUUACAAUGCUACAAACUUGAUAUUUGGCAAAUUGGAAGCGAAGGCGAUGGUCUGGCGUAUUUGUUAUUGAGACAAACGUACGAGCACUUCUACUGCAAAAGGGACGGGCCUGGGUUUUCUCGUUAUGUAUAUUGGGCAUUCAUAACAUGCGUUGUUGGAACGACCUCUAUCUCGCUUUCUUCAUCUUUCCAUUCCAUCAGCAACAGACGAGUUUGUGGAGUACGAGGUGGGUGAGGCCUCUUAGGAAGUAGACUUCUCUCGUGCUUGUUUCCGUGCAUAGGAAUUCCG